UCUCUACCUCCGCAAGGCGUUGUGGCUGUAGUUGCUGGACAUGUCGGCGUCUGCUCUUCUGCCGCUGUCACUGCUGCGCGACUCUAUUCCUUUCCUUUCUGCAAGCAGACUAUAGCCUUGCUGCAUCUUCUAGUGUUUCCUACAUCGUCUAUAUAGCAUUGAGCGAUUUCUUGUACAUUAGCACCCACCAGAAUGGCGAAGGUCUUCGACUACGCCGAAGUCGCACAACACAACACAGCAGAGAGCUGCUGGGUGGUUCUCUACGGCGCCGUCUACGACGUGACUCGCUUCAUUCCCGAACACCCCGGCGGUUCCAAGGUCAUCCUUCAGCUCGCGGGCACCGACGCAACAGAAGAGUACGACCCUAUCCACCCACCCGGCAUCCUCGAAGAGAACCUCAAACCCGAAGACAAGCUCGGCACAAUAAACCUAGAGUCCUUGCCGAAGGAGGAAAAGAGCCCAAUGGAGCUGGGAGAGGCGAAGGACGAGGGACCAGUCGAUCUGGAGUCGAUCUUGAAUACAGACGAGAUUGAGGAGGUGGCUACGAAGCAGAUACCGUACAAGGCGUGGGCAUACUACUUCUCGGCGAGCGAUGAUCUAAAGAGCAAGUCGUUCAACAACGCCGUAUACCGUCAAAUCCUACUACGGCCGCGAGUUUUUGUCGACUGCGUACGCUGCGAUACCUCUACGUCAUUUCUAGGCCACGAUGUCAAACUGCCCAUAUAUGUCUCUCCUGCAGCAAUGGCUCGCCUUGCACAUCCAGACGGCGAAUGGGGCAUUGCUCAAGCGUGCGAGAAGUACGGCGCAAUGCACCUUAUUUCGCAAAAUGCUUCCAUGACACCUGAGCAGAUUGUCAAAGACGCGAAGCCAGGACAAGUAUUCGGUUGGCAGUUAUACGUCCAAAAUGAGCGGGCAAAGAGCGAAGCCAUGCUAGACCGAAUGAACCAGCUCGACUGCAUAAAGUACAUCUGCCUUACGCUUGACGCGCCCGUGCCCGGCAAGAGAGAACACGACGAACGCAGCAAGAACGUUGGAUCGAAUCUGCCCGUACGCGCAGCUGUACAGGAGGACCAGAGUGUUAGCAAAACGAGCGCUGAUGCGAAAACGCCGAGUCAAGAGAAGGAGAAGCCGAAGAGUAUGGGCAUGGGACAGUCUCUAUUCUGGGGUACGGCGGCUGAUUUGAAUUGGAAGACGACAUUGCCUUGGCUUGCGAAGCACACGAAGAAACCAAUUGUGCUGAAGGGUAUUCAGACGCAUGAAGAUGCGUACUUGGCUUCAUUGCACGCCCCGCAUGUGAAGGCCAUCAUUUUGUCGAAUCACGGUGGUCGCGCGCUAGACACAGCACCGCCUGCUGUGCACACCUUACUUGAAAUCCGGAAAUACUGUCCCGAGGUGUUUGAUCGAAUCGAAGUCUGGGUUGACGGUGGUAUUAAGCGCGGUACAGAUGUAGUGAAAGCGUUGUGUCUGGGCGCAAGGGGUGUUGGCAUUGGCCGCGCUGCGCUUUUCGGAUUAGGUGCGGGUGGCAAGGAGGGUGUUGAACGAGUCUUGGAAAUUCUCAAAGCUGAGACGGAGACGUGCAUGCGGCUUCUCGGGGUGGAGAAGGUGGAGCAGCUGGGGAUGCAGUAUAUCAAUACGAGGGCUGUGGAGAGGGAUAUCUGGGAUGGACCAAUGCUCCAGAGGGGCAGUUUGAAACCAAAGCUAUAGAUCGUACAGAGUUGCAAUAAGUCUGGGGCAGGCGGGUUUGGCGCAAGAGAGUGGCAGAGACAGUGACGUGGACAGUCACGCUGCCGAACUCCUCGAAGAUUUCGAAACCACGGCGCCUGCAGAGGCAUGUUGUGCGCCCCAAGCUGCGUAACGUCAGCCUUGCCUAAUUUGCAUGGCGGUAUGCAUACGACCUGUACAAGGAAUUCCUAGGUUCGAUAGCGUCGUAUUCGCUUACAUGCAGGUCCAUUGGAAGUUGGUUUCCUUUGUGGAGUGUACUACGGGGCAUUUCUUAGCGAGUGGGUGAUGUAUGUUGUGAUUCUAGUAAUUUGUAUACCAGUUACCUGGUGAGACAACGAGGUAGAUUCGAGGUCGAAAGACUCAGCCGCA